UCCUUUCGUGCGAUCGUUAAACCCCUGCAUUAUAUAAAUAACAGCCCUAUUUCCAACCUUCCAUUCCGACUCUGAUUACGUUGCUGUUAAAACCAAAUAACAGUUCUCCAUAAUGAAGAUACAACUAGUCAAUAAAAUCUUAGAGCACAUACUGUUGUUGUACCGGCGAAUGAAAUAUACUUGUAGGAAUCUCACGGUACACGGCCCCAGCUACCUCGUCCGUAAAGACGUACACAUCGUCUACAGAAUUAUAUACUUCAUUAUAUACGUGCACGUGUGGAUCAUAGCCGUCGCUACAAUACGCAAGUACUACGAUCAUUAUCAAGAAAACACCAUUCGCUUCACGACGCGCACUGAUUACCUCGACUGGAAUACGACAUUUGCUUCAGUUACCGUUUGCGAGAUUGCAAACAUUGAGAAAAUAUGGACACUUAGCAAGCUAUUCGACAUGCAAGAAGGAGAUAAGUACGAUCGAUUCCUCGCCGAAAUUAUAUUCUUCAGUGGCACUUGUUUCAGUUGCACGUCAUCAUGCUCAAACACAACAUUGUGUUCACGUGAUUAUUCCGCAAUAGUGUCAAAGUUCCGCACGCCCUGCAAACACCUCUUCAAAUCAUGUAAAUGGAAUGGCCGCGAUAUUAACUGCUGUAAACAUUUCAAACCUCUUCAAACGGAAUACGGGACGUGCUAUUCAAUUAACAACAAGCACGUUGGCGGAAAUCACAAAAUGUUUUUCACGUCCGCCCUAACAAAAAACCCAGAGGCGGGAGUUCUCGAAAUAACUCUAUCACAAGAUUACGAGUCAUUCAUCCAUUCACCUGAGGACAUACCCUUUUGGAAUAUGGAAUAUGAUCGUAGAAUAACGACGCUGUAUGGAGCCGAAGCUACUGUGAGGUUUUCAAUUAUGGAUGUGGUGAAUGAGCCGGAAGUACCUUUGAUCGCUCCUGAGGUACGUCAAUGCAGAUUCCCUGACGAGGUUCCAGGAAGCUACAUAGCUUUCAAGCAAUACAGCUAUUCUGUGUGUAUUAUUCAAUGUCGGAUCGAGGCCCAACUGAAGCUUUGUAACUGUACACAUCACUUAUCUCCGGUCCAAUACAAAGAUCGAUACUGCGGCUUGGAGGGAUUAAAGUGUUUAACGAAACAUUACCAAACGUUGAGGAAGCUGCAAGUUCCGGGCACGAACGAAACGGGUUUGAACUGUGAUUGUUUACCUUCGUGCACGGAGCCGGAUUAUAACGUGGUGUCGAAGAAGUUGCUUGAGCCUGAAAAGGAGUUAAAAGUUAAGCCUGCCCGGUUCAUACUGAAUAAUAGACCUUACCAGCGAGUUACUCGGCAGGUUGCGCGCACCACGCUAGACUUGGUCGUUGCUAUAGGAAAUUGUUUUGGUCUUUGCUUUGGCGGAUCAUUGUUAUCGAUCGUUGAAAUAAUUUACUAUCUGUGUUUUAAACGCUGGAAGUUUGCGUAAAUAUUAUAGCAAAUGUUUUAUUUCAAGUUAACAAAGUUUCGUCGUUAAGUUUGCGGUUUUUAUGCACCAAGUUUUCCUCAAUAAAUGUAGCGAGUGAUGCUGAUGUAGUAAACCAGUAAUACGAGUAUACAAAUAGAAUUUACGAAAGAAAUUUAUCGAAGCCAGCUGUUGGCCCAUUUCAGUUAAGUCCAUUCGUCCGAAACUCGGGCAGACAAAGUCGGUAAAUAAGUUUCGUAAAGCGGCAAGUUACACGUUCGCCGUUAAUAUUAGCAACAGAAAUAGUUUGCGGAUGAUGUUUGUUAUUAGUUUUUAUGUGUUACUGCUGUUUGGAAGUAGUUACGAAUGUUGGAGCUGUUGUUCAUUGUUGUAUCAUAUUGUCUUAGUACGAAUUACUGUUGUAAAGAAUUGAUAUUUUUGCGGUUUCUUUUUACUUCUUCAACCCUU